GGGGCGGGGCGUCAGGCGGUGUUUGCGGCCGCUGUGAAUAAACAGUGGAGAGCCGGUAUCCUAUCAGUCAGAGGAAUGUUAUUGACAGUAUCGCCGUUCGGUGAACGGGUGGCGUCGAAUUGAGGAGAGUAUUGGGGAUAGACCCCCAGGCUGUUCUGGGCCUUUUCUUCCAUUAUCUUCCCCAGUUUUUCUUCAGACCUAUUGGAGUCUUUGAGGAGCUAGUUCGGCCGAGGACGGUUUUGAAGAGUAAAGAUGUCUGAAGAUCAGGCUGAGGAAACUAGACUCUGUGCCAACUGCCAACGAGACAUUCCUGCAACUAACUUCACCAUUCAUGAAAUCCACUGUAGAAGAAAUAUUGAUCUUUGCAGGUAUUGCCAUGAGCCCUUUCCUAAAUCUGAGAUGGAACGACAUUUUGAAACAGAGCAUGCACUGGUCAACUGUAAGUGCAACAUGAAGGUAGAAAAAAAUAAGGUGGAAAAACAUGAGAAUUUGGAAUGCCCCUUGCGACUGGUUAAGUGUCAAUACUGUGAACUAGAGCUGGCAUUCAAUAAAUCUGAAGAACAUGCUGAUUAUUGUGGAUCGAGGACUGAACCUUGUGCAGCUUGUGGUCGCAAUGUCCUGGUCAAAGAUGUAAAUGUGCACCACACUUCCUGUGGCAAAGAUGUUGAAGAAAAAAACAACAACCAUAUCAAAAGAUCUGAAUAUCGCUUUGAAGAUGAUGUUGGGACUUGGUUUGAAAACCAACCAUUUGGGAUCAUUCAUCAGGUUGAGGAGAACCGUAUUAGGGCCAGGCCAAGAAUUUCUAGACAAUUGGAAGCCAAAGUUUAUGGAAACAGAGAAACAGGAUUUUCAGUGAGGGGGUCAGAUAGGAGAAAUCUACUGACCACAGGUAGAGACCAGAAUCAAGCCAGCCUAAUGAGGACUGAAAGAAAUAAUUUGACAGAUGCUGCAAGUCCAGGGCAAGUGGAUGCCAACUCUAACCUGGAUUACUUGCUUGCUCUCAGUCUCCAAAAUGAAAACACUGAUGGAGGAGAGUGGCUACCUUUAUGGGAGGAUACUCUGUCUGAUUACAAAUGCCCAGAGCGGCAAAAUAUUAUGGGCAUCCUCAACAAUCAGUCUCCAUCUGAUAUAUUCCCAACUUCUGUAAAUGCCCAUGAAGAAGUAACAAAUGUCACAAUGUUACCUUGUGAGUUCUGUGAAGAACUGUUCCCCGAAGAGGAAUUAAUUAUUCACCAGACUGGCUGUAACCCAGUAAGUGCCUUUGCAUCAUUCAGUAAAAGUACCACACUUAUACCACCACUACAAAGGGUCUCCGUUCCCAGGACAAAUGAUAUUUUUUCUCAUCGUCAGCGUGCGAAUCCUGAAUUAUUUUCAGAAGACUACACACUGCCAUCAUUUAGCCCAUUUGUGGGUUCCAGUGAUGGAGACGUCAUGAUUCCGUGUGAGUUCUGUGGUAUCGCAUUAGAGGAAGAUAUGCUAUAUCAUCAUCAGGAUCAGUGUGAUUUGCGACCACCAACAGCAAGACCACCUGACCAAGAAAUCAAUCAGCCUUUCUUAGUCACCAAUACUGAGACAAGAGAACCUCCACAAGUGCCCACUCAGCGACAGAGACGCCAAGGAGAUGUCAGGCCAAAUUAUUUUUCUCAUCUGGAUGAUGUCCAGGCAAGACCAGCGAUUCGACCUGCAGUUAGAACAAAGCCAGCAGGAGCUCCAGCGACGUUCAGACAGGGGAUUGGUGCCCAGAAACCUCUAGCAAGUCAAGAUACGGAGGCCAGCACCCUAAAUACCAGAAGUGUAAAGCUUCCCAACAGAGAAACCUCUGAAUUGAGGCGGCGGGCUCGGAAACCCCUGGAAUCAUCUGUGGGCUCAGUUCGUCCUAUUGGAGAUGUAUUCCCAGAAGGCUACAAAUCCAACUUUCCUCAUGCACCCACUGCUAGAUCCAGUCUGAGAACAGAAGGAUCCAGGGUUUCCAGGAGCACAGUUCCUCCAAUCUCAAGGAGCAGAAUUCCAGGAAUAAAGCAGAAUGUACCAAAAACAAGACCAGAAAAUGAUGAGAAAGAAGAGGAGUGAUGAAAUGGAACUAAACUACACUUGUGACCAUGGUGUCCAACUCCUAAAUUGUAUCUAGUGCUAAAACUCAGGACUUCCUUUUUUAUUUUCUAUGCAAAAGAAAUAUUUGAGUGUGGUUUAAGUGGUAGUGUUUUUAUUUCCUCUCAAUUCUGUUUUCAUUGUGGGGUUUAAAAAAUAUACUUAACAGGAGCUCACUUUUAUAGAUUUCUGCACUGCAUAAGUAACUUAAAAGGCAACAGAAAUUUUAAUCUAGAUAUUUUGUGCACUUCAUCUUAGUGAUAACAUGGAGACAUUUGACUAUACAGCUGAUUGAUAGUUUGAGUGGGGGAAAAACAGUUCAUGUUGAUACUCAUUCCAUUUUGGUGGGACCUGCAUUGGAAUUUGCAAUCUUGAGCAGGUAUCCCGAGGAUAUGAUUUUACCUUGUGUGAUCAAUGCAAAGGAUCUCACAAUAGACAAGAACUACUAAUAAGUUCCAAAGACUUAAUGCGUCCCAAAUGGAGAGUAGUGCCUAUCCAUCCCACUUAAAGGUGGGGUGUAGGUUACAGUCUGAAAUUUCUUCCAUGGCUCUUUUUUUUUUGUUUUUAUAGCUUGCCGUUUUAAGUAAGAGUGUAACACUUUUUAAUGCUGAUAGUGAUGAUAUUUACCUUGCACUUCACUGUUGUUUUUGUCAAUUUCUUUCUCUUGUUGCUCUCUUACAGGAACUAAUUUGACCUUUGCUAGUAUCAUGUUCCAUUUCUCUCUCUCCCUCUCUCUCUGUCUUUCCCUCUGUCUCUCUGUCUCUCCCUCUGUCUCUCCCUCUGUCUCUCCCUCUGUCUCUCCCUCUGUCUCUCCCUCUGUCUCUCCCUCUGUCUCUCCCUCUCUCUCCCUCUGUCUCUCCCUCUCUCUCCCUCUGUCUCUCCCUCUCUCUCCCUCUGUCUCUCCCUCUCUCUCCCUCUGUCUCUCCCUCUCUCUCCCUCUGUCUCUCCCUCUCU